AUGGUACCGCUGCUCGAGAGCGAAACCGAGAAUAGUAUUAGCCAGUCACAGUUCGACAGCGAGAGCGCGAGUGCAGAGCCCACGCCCCCGCAGCACACGCAGGAGUCGCUUCAGAACCGGCUGGAGGAGUACCACGAGCGCCUCAGCCGCCUGCAGCUGCCCUCGAGCUCCGAUUCCGAAUGUAGUGAUAUCGAGCAGGAAUCGCUGGAGCUCGAGCAGGAGGUGCCGCUCAGCACGUCUGUGUAUCUCGCGGGCGCGCGGUCCGCAGGCGGACUACCGAGCUCUUCGGAGCUGAGCGAGACGCCCGAGCCGCCCAAAGUAGCCAUCCGGUUCCAGCCGAUCGGCUCGGUCGGGCAGGUGAUGCCCCAGGUGUGCCGGAUCAGCAGCGCACAGAGCUUUGGCGCAGUGCUGGUAUUCCUGCGGCGGCGACUGCGGCUGGACACCGUGCACUGUUACGUGAGCAACUCGUUUGCACCUACGCCGCAGCAGAACGUGGGUCAGCUGUGGGAGCAGUUCAAGGUCAAUGACGAGCUGGUCGUGUCUUACUGUGCGACCGUGGCGUUUGGCUAG